AAUCAUUAAAUUAGCUAUGUAUUUUUUCGUUUAAUGUUGUCUGAUAAGUAGUAUUUUAAAUAGGGAGUACUUUACUGUAUUCAAUUUAUAUUUUCAGUUAGGAGAAACAGAAGACAAGAGAAAAGUUCCAGACAUGUUGCAGAGAAUACUAAGAUAUGACAUUCAGAUCACUAAAAAAUUUGUUGAAAUGUCUCAAAAUAUAACUGCAUUAAGAUCACUUCGUGUUCAUUCAAAGUUCUUAGAGGUAUCAUGUCAUGGUAUAGUGUGGUUAGCAGGCUGGCUCUCAUUCAUUUGGUUUUUUAACAACAGGGAACUGUAUCAACUACAAGUCAAUAUGUUAUUUGCGCUCAUUUUAGAUAUAAUAGUAAUAGCAGUAAUGAAGGCUUUUGUAAGGAGACGUCGCCCCCUACCCAUGAACAAACUAUUGCCUGGUAACCCAGACAAAUAUUCUUUUCCUUCAGGCCAUACAAGUAGAGCAGUUCUAGUUGCUUUCAUUUUGAUUUGUAUAGAUCCUAUCUAUUUUAUAUUCUAUCCACCCCUGCUUGCUUGGGCUGGAGCUGUAGCUAUAUCUAGGGUCCUAGCGGAGAGGCACUAUUUCUUGGAUGUGUUUGCUGGUCUGGGUAUUGGAGUAUUGGAAGGGUUAUUCAUGUCUCUUAUUUGGUUUUCUCAAAGCACUGCUGUCAGUGUUAUUACAUCUUUGGCUGAUGAAAAGAAAGAUGGUGGAGAAUAUCAUGUCUGAAUUCUAAUAUCAUCAUAUAUAUCAUGUAUAAAAUCUUAAAUUUAUUUUCAUAAAAUAUGAAUAUUAUUAUAUAUAAAUAUUUUUAUAUUAACUUAUUAUAUUUUUUGUGUAGAAUAUUUUAUUUGAAAAAAAAAAAAAUUAAAAAAUUAAUUAUAAAUUAACACUUAAGUGAAAUUUAUAAUUAUGUAGAUUUCAUAAUUCAAUUUGUGAUUCUGUAGAUUGAUAAUGUUAUGUGAUUUGCUGUGAACUUAUAACAAUUAAACAUAGUUGAAAGAACAA